AUGUACCAGAAGUCAGACCUCAUUAGAGAACAGAUCCUUCAAAGUGCAGAGAAGCUGUAUCAAUGCAAUGAGCACAGAAACGCCUUUCACCAGCAAUUAUCACUAAUUGGGCAACAUGGACUCCACACAAGGAAAAAAUCUUAUAAAUGUAGGGAGUGUGGAAAAGUGCUUCCUCAUAAGGCAAGUCUAAUCAUACAUGAAAGGGUCCACACUGGGGAGAAAACUUAUGAAUGCAGCGAGAGUGGUAAAGCUUUUUCUUGUAAGUCAAACAUGAGCGCACACCACAGAUUGCACACUGAGGAAAAAUCUUGUGAAUGUAAUGAGUGUCAAAAAGCUGUUCUUCAUAAGUCAGGCAUAAUCAUAGAUCAGAGCAUCCACACUGUGGAAAAACCUUAUGAGUGUAAUGAGUGUGGCAAAACUAUUUCUGCUGCUAAGUCAAGCAUUAUAUCACAUCAGAGAAUCCACACGGGGGAGAAACCUUAUGAAUGUAGACAGUGUGGAAGAGGAUUUGCUCGCAAGUCACACCUCAUUAGACAUCAGAGAAUCCACACAGGUGAAAAACCUUAUGAAUGUAGUGAGUGUGGAAAAGCUUUUAUUUGUAAGUCACACCUCAUUAGACAUCAGCGAAUCCAUACUGCGGAAAAACCUUAUGAAUGUAGUGAGUGUGGAAAAGGCUUUCCUUGUAAACCACACCUCAUUAGCCAUCAGAGAAUGCACACUGGGGAAAAACCUUAUGAAUGUAGAGAUUGUGGAAAACCUUUUACUCAUAAGUCACACCUCAUUACCCAUCAGAAAGUCCACACUGGGGAAAAAACUUAUGAAUGUAGACAGUGUGGAAAAACUUUUACCACCCAGUCAGGUUUCAUUCAUCAUCAGAGAAUGCACAUUGGAGAAAAACCGUAUGAUUGUAGUGAGUGUGGAAAAUCUUUUAUUCAUAAGUCACUCCUCAUUAGCCAUCAGAGAAUCCACACUGGGGAAAAACCUUAUGAAUGCAGAGAGUGUGGAAAGACUUUUUUUCAUAAGUCAAGCGUUGAAGCACAUCAGAGAAUCCACACUGGGGAAAAACCUUAUGAAUGCAAUGAGUGUGGAAAAGCUUUUAUUCGUAACUCAAACCUCAUUGCACAUCAGAAAAUCCACACUGGGAAAAAACCUUAUGAAUGUAGGGAGUGUGGAAAAGCUUUUAUUCAUAAGUCAGACCUCAUUAAGCAUCAGAGAAUCCACACAGGGGAGAAACCUUAUGAAUGUGGUGAGUGUGGAAAAGCUUUUAUUCUUAAGGCAGACCUCAUUAAGCAUCAGAGAAUUCACACAGGGGAAAAACCUUAUGUAUGUAGAGAGUGUGGGAAAGGCUUUUCUUGUAAGUCACACCUCGUUAGACAUCAGAGGGUCCACACUGGGGAAAAACCUUAUGAAUGUAGUGAGUGUGGAAAAGCUUUUUCUCAGAAGUCACACCAAAUCAUACAUCAGAGGGUCCACACAGGGGAGAAACUUUAA